AUGGGUAACUGUUUUUCGUCCGUCAACGACGACGACGGCUGUCGCGCCUCAGCGCGCGAGCGACGCCGAGAGUCGCGGAGGAAGGGCGAGUCGCUGCAGAGUGGCUGUCUUUCAGGGCCGCCGGGCGACGCGGCGAGCAGCAAGGAGAUGGAGCGCCGCGUGGCGGCUUAUCUGGCGGCGGAGCAGCAGCGGGACGGUCAGCUGGCACAGCUGACCAAUCGCGGGACGGCGAAUGGGUUCGUGCCACGUGUGCCGCGUGCCACAUCGGGCACGGAAUCUACAAGCAGCGAAAACAUCAGCUGCAGCGACAGCAGCAGUGAACGCAGUAGUACCAGCAGCAACAGCGGAGGCGGCGGCGGCGGCGGCGGUGGGAUGCAGCUGAACUGCAGCAUGUUCUCCCUGGGCGGACAGAAAGGCAUCAACCAAGACUCCAUGGUUGCAUGGCAGUCCUUCGCAGGACCCGCCUCCGUGCUGUGCGCCGUGAUGGACGGCCAUGGCCGCUUCGGCCACACAGUCUCGGCUCGCGUCAGGGACUCCUUCCCCUCGCUGCUCGCCCGCCGCCUCUUCCCGCACGCUGCGCAUGAGCGCUCGGAACACGUCUUAGAGCCGUCAGAGGAGCAGGGAUCAAAAGACAAGUCAGAGGAUCGUUUGGAGGAGCCAUCAGAGGAGCACGGACACGUGGCGGAGCAGCAGUGGAGGGAAGCCGUGUGCGGCGCGUUCGAGGCCGUUGACCACGAGGUGAAGCUGCAUCCGGCCGUUGAUCCGCUCAUCAGUGGCAGCACGGCGGUGGUGGCUAUGGUUCAACACGACCACCUCUUCCUCGCCAACCUUGGGGAUUCUCGUGCCGUACUCGCCAGACGAGCACACUCACCUGCUUCCUGGGAUGCCACAUCAGCUGCUGACGUGGCUCCCUGUCAUUCUGCCACGUCAGCCAACGCAACCGGACCCACCACUAUCAGUCCAGCCCACUGCCAACGUGACCAAUCAGAUCAACCCAGCUGUCACGCUCUCGAGGCCCUCGCCCUGACUUCUGACCACAAGUGCUCCGAUCCAACGGAGGCCGCCCGGAUCCGGAAAACGGGCGGCAGAGUGGAGGCGCUAGAGGACGAGAAGCACGUCCAGAGGAUCUGGCUGCCCAAUGAGAUGGCGCCGGGGCUCGUCACCUCCCGGGCGGUGGGCGAUUUCCUGCUGAAGGGAUUCGGAGUCACUUGCGAGCCUGAUGUUACCGUGUUACCAGUGGACGAUGGAGACGAAUUCAUCAUCCUGGCGACCGACGGGGUGUGGGACGUGCUCUCUCACGAGGAGGCUGUCUCCAUCGUUGCCACGUCACCAUCCCCUGCAACGUCAGCGGAACGCCUGACCUGCCGUGCCCUGGUCCAGGAGAAGCCGGCUCGGGAGAACCUGCCGAAGCAGGAGAGGGUGGGCAGUGCGUGGCAUUGA